CACACUGUGUGUGGACGAGCUGCUGAGAGAAGAGAGGCAGGCUCACUGGAGACACAUUAACAAGUUACUAUUGCGCAAGUAGUCUGCGAUUUAUAGGAAACUCUGACAUGGAGGGAAGCAUGGACGUGUGACUGGAUGCUACUGAUUAAACUAGUCCAGAGGUACCAGAUGAGUGUUUUGUAGAAAACGUGGGGCUCCAUGUUGGAGUGCUGCACUGAUGAUUUGAACACAGUUUGUAGCCCUCCAGGUGCUCUGGUUUCUGUAAGCGGGCAGUUGGGCGGCUUUUGAUCGAGAGUUUCACCGUCCUGUGCUGAGGAAUAUUAAACAUGACUGUGACCAAUGCAAAGUCUGGCAAAGCCAUGCAGCAGGUACUGGACAACCUGAAGGACCUGCCAUCAGGCUCAGGAGCCAAAGAUAUUGACCUCAUCUUCCUCAGAGGCAUCAUGGAGAGCCCCAUCGUCCGCUCCCUCGCAAAGGCCCAUGAGCGUCUUGAAGAAGUUAAGUUAAAAGCUGUGCGGGAUGAUAACGUUCAGCUGGUCACAGAGAUCCUGGAUUCCCUCAACAACCUGCCAGAAAAAGAUGCUUCUGCUGAUGAGCUGGUCAAUAUCCUUCAGGGGCCACACUUUAAGUCCUUGAUAGAGGCUCAUGACAAAGUGGCUGCAAAGUGCUAUGAAAUGCCCCACGCUGCGGUGAACAGCAAUGCCGUGUUGACAAGUUCACUCAUGCCAGCUGAUGCUGUCAGGAUGAUUGGCAUCCAGAAGAAAGUCGGGGAACCACUGGGGGUGACGUUCCGCGUGGAGCGGGGAGAGAUGGUGAUCGCACGGAUCCUGCACGGCAGCUCGAUUGACAGGCAGGGCAUGCUGCACACGGGGGACAUACUCCGCGAGGUGAACGGUCGUGAGGUCGGCCGGAACCCCCUUGAACUCCAGGAGCUGUUGGGGGACUGCGUUGGUAGCAUCACACUCAAGGUCCUGCCCAGCUACAGAGACACACCGGCACCACCACAGGUUUAUCUGAAGCCCCACUUCAACUAUAAUCCGGCCACAGACAACUUGAUCCCCUGUAAAGAGGCAGGACUGGCCUUUUCCAAGGGAGACAUCCUUCAUGUAGUCAACAAGGAGGACCCCAACUGGUGGCAGGCACGCAAAGUUGUCGGUGGAGCCACUGGUCUCAUCCCCAGUCAGUUCCUGGAGGAGAAGAGGAAAGCUUUUGUGAGAAGAGACUGGGAUACUACUAGUACAGGGAUGCUCUGUGGAACUGCGAAGAAAAAGAAGAAAAAAAUGAUGUACCUCACUUCGAAGAAUGCAGAAUUUGACCGUUAUGAGCUGCAGAUCUAUGAGGAAGUAGCCAAGAUGCCACCUUUUCAGAGGAAAACGCUGGUUCUGAUUGGAGCCCAGGGAGUUGGGAGGCGGAGCCUGAAGAACAGACUUAUUGUCCUGAACCCUCUGCGAUAUGGAACCACUGUACCCUUCACGUCACGACAUCCGAGGGAAGAGGAGAUGGACGGCCAGAACUACUGCUUUGUGACGCGAGAACAGAUGGAGAAGGACAUCAAGGAGAACCGUUACCUGGAGCAUGGCGAGUACGAUGCCAACCUUUAUGGCACCAAGAUCGACUCUAUCCAUGAAGUGGUGAAUGCAGGCCGUACCUGCAUCCUGGACGUCAACCCUCAGGCUCUGAAAUUGUUGAAGACUGCUGAGUUUAUGCCCUUUGUGGUGUUCAUUGCUGCUCCUGAACUGGACACACUAAGAGCUAUGCACAAAGCUGUGAUAGAUGCUGGACUUACUACCAAACUACUCACGGAGAAUGAUUUGAAGAAGACUGUGGACGAGAGUGCCAGGAUCCGUCGGGCAUACAGCCACUACUUUGACCUGACUAUUGUCAAUGACAAUCUAGACAAGGCUUUUGACAAACUGCAGGAGGUGGUAGAGCAGUUAUUCGUAGAGCCGCAGUGGGUUCCAGUCAGCUGGGUCUACUGAUGUUUUACCCCCUACUGGACAGACACGGCUGUCCAAGCUGCUAGGCUUAGGAUGAAAGGGGACACCUGAAGGGACGAAGGAUUCAACACUGUACUGCACACACACGGACAACGUGUUGGACAUCAGACCUGUGUGAAAAUGGGUCUCGCACAAAAGCUGCAUCAGAGUCACCUUGAUCUGAUUUGCCAGAUUCCUUUCUAGCACACUAUGCAACUCACAACACACAGAAAGUGUACUUAUUUAUUGGCAAAAUAUUUUUCUAAAGAAUCCUUUCUAUUCAUGUGGAUUGGAAGAAAAAUACUGGCCCUUUGUGUCAGGAUGUUUUAAACGCAAAUGUGAUUUUUGUCAUGUCCUGUUUUAAUUCUACAUCUGUAUGUAAGAUAGGUAAAGUGUAUUUAUUCUGCAAAAAUGAGGAGAGCUUGCUCAUUGAAAAGAACGAUACCUCAGUGUUACAGUUUACAGUGCAUAUGCCUCCAGUACUUAAUCUAAUUUUGUCACUACAAUCUUGUAGGGCUGCAGCUAUCGUUUAUUUUAGUAAUUGAGUAUUCUACCGAUUAUUCCAUCGAUUAAUCGGAUAAAAAGUAUUUUGCUUUAAGGAGCAAAAGAGAAAAUAAGACGGGUCUCUUAAAGUGAAGAACUAAUUGGUUUCCUUUUUAGAAAAGUCUACAUUUAUAAGAAAUAAUUUGAAAUUGCUUUAAAAAGGUACGCAUACAGUAUAUGCAUAUAAUACGCAUAUACAACUAUCCAAAACAAUAAUUGUUUUGGGAUUAACAGCGGGGGGAUUAAAAGAAGCUUUGAUGCAAAGAAACAUUGAUUUUUGGUAAUUGAAUUACCCGAAGAAUCGUUUUAGCCCUACAAAUCAUCAUUCAUGUUGAAUAGUGUCAUAUUGUGUGACCUUUUUCCUCUACUAGGCCAGGCUACAUUUAUGAUCUGCUGUCUUUGCAUUUCAAACUCAUACAUGGAAAAUGUCAUGCCAAUCACUGUUGUACAGAAGAAAAAGUAAUUAUAUAUGUUUAACCAUAAUUUCUCUUUCACUCAAGCACAACAGAUUACGUUACAAUUAUGUUGAUUGUCAGUCAAAAAUACUUACAUGACCCAAAAGUCUGUUAGACCCGUCGAUAUGGUGCUGUCUUUGUUUGAAAGAAAAAACUUUCCACAGGACUCUUGAACAGGGUACUGCAUCUCAGUGAACCAUCCCUUUUGAUGUGAUAUUACUAAAACGUAACCGUUUUAAAUGAAGCUAAUAUUUACUUAUAAAAGGUAUAUUUUACAAGAAUUAAAAAAAUGUGUAUUUUCAGAUUUCAAAUAAAUAACUGGUGUUUUCUAAUGA